GCCAACCGCGACAGUUUCCGGGCUGGGCUGAAGGCUGCGUUCUGCACCAUGGGGUCUUGGCAGCGUUUGCUGCUGUUGGGUGGGAUGUCGCUUCGGGGUGGUGGCGGGGCCUGUGCUGCACUUCGGGGAAGCGGAGUGUUGGUUUUUCGGCGCCAGAGUAUUCUGGCACAUAAAUUUCUGCUUGAACAAUGCGUCUCUAGGACUGUGAUCAAUAGCAAGCAGCAGUUAUCUGGCGCUGAGAAUGAGACCCUAAAACAAAGAAGAACACAAAUCAUGUCACGAGGACUUCCAAAGCAGAAACCAAUAGAAGGUGUUAAACAAGUUAUAGUUGUUGCUUCUGGAAAGGGUGGAGUUGGAAAGUCUACUACAGCAGUGAAUCUUGCACUUGCACUAGCAGCGAAUGAUUCGACAAAGGCGAUCGGUUUGUUAGAUGUGGAUGUGUAUGGCCCUUCAAUUCCAAAGAUGAUGAAUCUUAAAGGAAAUCCAGAAUUAUCACAGAGCAACCUAAUGAGGCCUCUUUUGAAUUAUGGUAUUGCUUGUAUGUCUAUGGGCUUCCUGGUUGAAGAGACUGCUCCAGUUGUUUGGAGAGGCCUUAUGGUAAUGUCAGCCGUUGAGAAACUGUUGAGGCAGGUAGAUUGGGGUCAACUGGAUUAUUUAGUUGUUGACAUGCCACCAGGAACUGGAGAUGUACAAUUAUCAGUCUCACAGAAUAUUCCCAUUUCAGGUGCUGUGAUCGUCUCCACGCCCCAGGACAUUGCAUUGAUGGAUGCACACAAGGGUGCUGAGAUGUUUCGAAAAGUCCAUGUGCCUGUUCUGGGCCUUGUCCAAAAUAUGAGUGUUUUCCAGUGUCCAAAAUGUAAACACAAAACUCAUAUUUUUGGUGCUGAUGGUGCAAGGAGACUAGCACGGACCCUUGAUCUUGAUGUUCUAGGAGACAUUCCCUUACAUCUUGAUAUAAGGGAAGCUUCAGAUACAGGCCAGCCAAUUGUGUUUUCACAGCCUGGAAGUGAUGAGGUGGAAGAAACAGGUUUAGAAGAUUCAAUAAAUUUGCCUAGGUACAGAGCUGCUCCAGAUAAUAUAUGCUUUUCAUUCAUUCUCUGCGCCCUAUCUCCAAGAGUGGUGGUUGGCCCUGGGCCAGGAGACCAAACUUGCAAGGCUUUUGGACUCGGACCAGGACUUAUACCAUUGGCGCCCCAAUUCCCAGGCCUUUGGACUCGGACUGAAUUACACCACCCACUUUGCUGGUUGUCCAGCGUACAGAUGGCUGACCGUGGGACUUCUCAGCCUCCACAAUCACGUGAGCCAAUUCCUAUGAUAAAUGUCUUAUAUAAUUCAUGCAUAUCCUAUUAGUUCUCUUUCUCUGGA